CAGGGAUGUGUAUUUAAAGUGUUGGCAACUUUAAGUCCUCAAAUGUUUGUUUGGGUUAGCUAGCCAAAGUCGGCUAGCUAGCUGCUGUGCUAUAUUUUUAGUUAGCGUUAGCUCGGGUCGCGAUUCAGAAGUUAAUGUAAGCUAAACUACCUCAGAAGGAGUAGUAAUGUAAUCGUGAUAGAUUUACCAAAUAAGAACGCCUAAUUAACGUGUAUCUAAAUGGAACAUAAUAUCACCAUUCAUCUCCCCGGUUAUUCUUGAUAACUGAGAAACGGCUUGGUUAGCAGCAGAAGCUAGUUAGCUAGUUAACGGUAACUUGGCUGCUAACGAACGGCUCACGACCCAUAAUGAUAUUUUCACCCUUUUACUUAUCGUUAAAAUUAGCUACUCGUACUGUCGACUAACAUUGACUGCUAGCGGUAGUGGUUAACAGUUUACAGGCACUAUGUGAGAGAGUGAUUUUAUUGCAAGCAAAAGUAAAGUUGACCACAAAGUUGUAACGUUAAACAACGAUGAACAACCCUAACAAGUUAAACAGUAAAGUGAUUUGAGUAUGAGCCAGUCCUGAACGAGUUGAGCACAAAUUACCUUUAUUAAAACAUGUUUGUUGCCAGGGCCUGCAGGUAACACUACAUUUAACUGCUGUUGUAAACUAAGUUGUCAACCUGACUGGCACAACAUUGUUCUCCAGGUGAAACUAGGUGGACAUCUUUAAAGGGGGCUCCAUAGCACUUGGAUCUGUUCUUCUCUGUCCCAGGUUCAGACUGCUUGGUCUAUGGCUCUGAUGGACAAACACAAACAGGUCAAGCGACAGAGACUUGACCGCAUUUGUGAGGGUAUCCGACCCCCCAUCCUGAACGGGCCAAUGCACCCGCGGCCCCUGGUGGCCCUGCUGGAUGGGCGUGACUGCACUGUGGAAAUGCCCAUCCUCAAAGAUGUAGCCACAGUGGCCUUCUGCGAUGCUCAAUCCACACAAGAGAUUCAUGAGAAGGUGCUAAACGAGGCAGUGGCCGCCCUGCUCUACCACACCAUCACUCUAUCCAGAGAUGACUUGGAAAAGUUUAAAGGCCUACGCGUAAUUGUCAGGAUCGGCUCCGGCUUCGAUAAUGUUGACAUCAAAGCAGCUGCUGAGCUAGGCAUUGCGGUUUGUAACGUGCCAGCAGCCUCGGUGGAGGAGACAGCCGACACGUCGCUAUGUCUGAUCCUCAACCUGUACAGGCGAGUCACUUGGAUGCACCAGGCCCUCAGGGAGGGAACCCGUGCCUCUAGUGUGGAGCAGAUUAGGGAGGUAGCUGGCGGUGCAGCUCGUAUCCGCGGAGAGACGCUGGGCAUUAUCGGUCUAGGGCGUGUUGGCCAAGCAGUGGCUCUGCGGGCUAAGGCCUUUGGUUUUGGCGUGAUCUUCUAUGAUCCCUACCUGCCUGAUGGCGUGGAGCGCUCACUGGGCCUUCAGCGCAUGGCCACCCUGCAGGACCUGCUCAUCCACUCUGACUGUGUAUCCCUGCACUGCAGCCUCAACGAGCACAACCACCACCUCAUUAAUGACUUUACCAUCAAACAGAUGCGUCAGGGAGCUUUCCUAGUGAACACAUCAAGAGGCGGUCUGGUUGACGAGAAAGCAUUGGCUCAGGCCCUGAAAGAGGGCCGGAUACGAGGGGCUGCCCUAGACGUCCAUGAGGCAGAACCUUUCAGUUUUUCAACAGGCCCUCUGAAGGAUGCCCCCAACCUGAUCUGUACCCCGCACACAUCCUGGUACAGUGAGCAGGCCUCCAUCGAGGCUCGUGAGGAAGCAGCCAGGGAGGUUCGCCGUGCCAUCACCGGGCGUAUCCCUGACAGUCUGAAGAACUGCGUUAAUAAGGAGUAUCUGAUGGCAGCCUCUCAGUGGCCCAGCAUGGAGGCAGCCACUGUCCACCCAGAACUUAAUGGAGCCACUUACAGAUUUCCUCCAGGUCUGAUCAGUGUUGCCACAGCAGGGGGUCUCCCCGGAGCUGGCGCAGGGGUUGAAAGCCUGGUUUCAGGAACCCUGGCACACGGUAUCGCCCCUGUCUCCCACCCCCCUCAUGCCCCCUCCCCGGGGCAGCCUACUAAGGCCGAAGCCGACAGAGACAUCCCCUCCGACCAAUAGCCCCUCCUGCUGCCGCCAGCACAUUCCGUCACAUCUGGAAACCAACCCCCACCUCCACCUCCCAGCAUCAGACACAGCCCGACCCUCCAGUCCAUCGGCAGCGCCAGUUUGACCUGAUGUGGAUCUACACGGUCUCGUUCCUCACAUAACCAGCCCAGGAGUGACUUACUCACAUCUAGCCCCAGACCAUCCACACCCCCAAGAACACAAACAUCCCUCCAUCUUCGUCCUCAUCUCACCCACCAUCCCCUCUACCCUUCACUCCCCCACAACGUCAGCAAUAACUGUGUUCUCAAGGAUUCAAUGAUUGGAUUGGUUUAUAUCCUUAGUUGGCCGUUGUUUUAAUGGAAAGUUGAUCUGUUGUGGUUCUAGGUGUUAAUGUUUUUGUUUGUUUGUUAAAAAAAUAGAAUUUCUGACAUGAGGCUUGACAGUCUGCUGCCUCCUGCAGUUCCUCUGACUCUGACCAGUAGAGGCACAGAGGCAGAUGGGUUGAAGCCCUCCUUUGUACAUUAAUGGCUCAUGUUACUGCUCUCUUCUUCUUUUCUUUUUUUUUUCUCCCCCCCCCCCCCCUCCACCUUUCUUGUGAUGGGGGAAAUGUGUACUAAAGUAAACCAGACAGAAUCACAAACAGUACAUCCUGCCCCCACCACCACCAGGCAUCUACCCCUCAGCCCAGUUUGGCCAUUGGGCUGUCCCAGGCACUGUCGCCAGCUUGCUCAGCAGAGGAUCCUUAACUCUGUCAGUGUGGAGCUCUCCUCCAUGUAUUUCAACACACUUUGCCCCCUCAUGGAUUGUUUUGUCAUGAGAUAAAAGCUCAGAGCAUCAUAUCAGAGAGCACCUAGGCUUGAAUUUCCAUCUCACGCCAGCAACCAGAGUGCUACAUGUGAGGUCUUUACACACGGUGCCCACACAGAAUCAAAAUGCAGCUUUUUCUUGCUGGGAAAAAAAACACAGCAUACAAGAGGCCUCGCCAGCAGAGGGCACCAUCUGACCGCUCAGAGCAAAGAAAGUUACAUGCAGCUCAUUUCAGCCUAACAGAUGGGACAGUUACAGGUUAGCUGUAGUGAUGAAGAACAUGAUCACACACUGCCGACAUUCAGAACACAGCAUGGGUGACCCGGGAUCGACUACCGCCUUAUUGUUUAAUAAGAUCUCACUGCACACCCCCCGCUGCCACCACCAUGUACCAUGCACCAACCCUCCACUCCUCUCCCACUGUCAUGGCCCACCCUAUACAUCCACUCAUGAACCAGUAUGCAUCCACCAAUUCCUUUAAGCGUGAGGGGACAGUAGAGUUUAGAUUCCCUGUUAGGAGCAAGGGGACAGUGUUCUUGCAUGCUGGCUUUGUUAAUGACAGUGGUGUGUGUGUGUGUGUGUGUGAGAGUGUGUGUGUGUGUGUGAGUGAGGGUUUGUAUGUUCCCUCACCCUGUUCUGAUAACAAGCUAUUGUCUUUCCAAAGGAAUAGUCCCUAGGAGUAACUCUUUAACGCUGUUGCCCUGCUGUCAAGGGAACACCUUUCUAGUACCUCAGUAACAGAUAUUGAAUGUACCGUGCAUACCCUUUUACUUUUUGUACAGCUUUUCUAGACACUUCUUAACUGUUCUUUACCAGAAGGCUUGUGAAAUUGUAGCAGUAAUGAUACAAUUAAUAAAAAGAACAUUGCCCCAUGAAAUGAAUUGACAAAAUCUAUUUAGAGUUGCUAUAGGUCACUGAAUACUCAGGCUUCAAAACCGACGCGUAUCUUUUUGCCUUUACCUUCUUUAUUUCCUCGUGGAAAAUUCAGCACAACACUUUCCCAUUCUUAGACUUCAGACUGUAGUUGAUGUGUUUCAACCUCUAUCUUACUGGCUAAUGAAUAAGGAAAAAACAAAAGGCGAUCGCCGUGGUCUGCUAGUUUUCUUUUACUAGAACAGUAGUAGUAGAUGCAGUUUUGUUUUUUGCUCCCCUUCAUUGUCAGGCUGCUCUAUCUAUAGUGCAUGUGGGGUAAUUUUUUUAGGGGAAAUACUAUUGGCGUAAAGAAUUUGUCAUCUUGCUGUUUCCCUCUGCUCCCCAGCAUUUUCCCCCGCCCCCUUCAGAGUGUUUUCAACCCAAGUUGCCAUUUUUGUCGUGGUCAGUUUCCAGUGAUGUACAGUUUUCCCCUCAGAGUCUAUGAGAGACAUGGAGCAUGUCUGUGUCCUGAGAUGCUAGGCUCCUCUGUCAUGUGAUGAGUAUAUAUUUUUAAAAAUAACCCCCAUAGUUCAGAUUAUGAGCAUAAUAGUAAUCUUAAAUUUUGCUGUUGAUGAUUAUAUAUAUUUUUUUCAGUUCAGCAGUGCACUGUUAUGAAAAUCAUUGUUUUCUUGUAGGAUUUCAUUUUAAUGGAUAUGUCUGUGUUCUACAUGUUGUACUGAAACAUUUCAGAGAAAACAAAAGAUCCCUCUCCUUGGUUUUUUUAUUUUAUUUUUUAUUUGUCUUAUCCCAACUGUCCUUUCCAGCUGAUAUCCUCUGGGCCUUACUUAUUCUCUCCCUGUAAAAGUAGCUGUUUUAGAAAGUCGCCAUGGAACCACUCACUGCCUUAAUACAGUUGACCACAGCAGGUGAAGUCAGGAGACGCACCCAGUCGAAAAGAACAGGCAGCUCCGCAAAAAAGCUCCUCACACCCCGGCAGGCGUAAGUCCGCAGCACCUGGCUUUCUUUUUCAGCAAUGAACCAUGUUUAUCCUCGUGUAGACAGUUUGUUUUCUGCUCGCUCACACACACACACACACACCUCCGGUGUGAACUCUUACUGUGCAUUCAUGAGUCGUUGUUUUUUUUGUUUUCUCAUUUUCAAUAGUUCUAGUCAGCCCGGUAGUGUGUGCGCGUGCGUAGGCUAACAGAUAAGCACAGUUUGUAUGCUCACAAAGCCACAGCUGAUAUUUCACUCUUGGGUGUGAGAAUGCACCUCCCCCUCUCCCUGCCCACCGCCACCACCACUCUGGGGCUCUAAUAGCGUCUUUCACAGUGCUGACAGAGCCACAGUGGGGCAGGGAGGGGUGGGGGAACAGCGGAUACUGGUGUGGUCUGUCAAAAAAAUAAAAUAAAAGCAGAAAAUUAAGAAUCGGUCACUUUUUCUCUCUCAGGGUUCAAAUGCACACAUAUCCUCCAGCAGUCGCCCUCUGUCUUGUGUCCCUUGUCCCCAGUUUUCCUCCCUCAGUAUUUAGAACAGCCUACUGAGUUUUUAGAAACCGCUCUCUCCUCGUUCCCUUCCUUUGUGCACAGGUCUGAACUAUUCUUUAUUUUAUUUUUUCUUUUCUGUUUAGCUUUCUUUUGGCACUGACAUCUAACCAUCUAACAAGGAAUGAAUGAAUGAAUGUUUGAAAGUGACUGUGUAAUGUUAAAAUUGGGAAAUGUAUUUUUACAACAUGUGAACGUGUUUUGUUUUUUUCUUCCACUCACUCUCAUUGUGAAUUGAUUUUUUUUUUUGUUUUGUUUUUUUUCUUUCACCAGACUGCAAAAACAAAUGAAAAAAAACCCACAAAAAAAUCUCCUGUAACUAUAGGCUCUUAAGCUUUAUUUUUGUUUUGUUUACUUUUUUAUUAGAAACAAUCAUGUUUGUGAUGGUAACUUCCGAUGGUAAACUCCACACCGUAUUUUAAUAAAAUCUUAAAAAUUAAA